AUGGGUGAAGAAUUAGAAAAUCAACGACAUUUAGAAAUGGAAUCUGGUGAAUUAUUACCGGAGUUACAAUUAGUAUUUACUUCAAGAUCAGAAUUACGUAGUGAAACAUAUCAAGGUUUAAGAGAUUAUUUACAAACUACGGCUAAUAAUUUAAAUGGACGUAUUGGGAAAAUGGUUGUACUUCCUUCCACAUUUACUGGAUCGCCACGCAAUAUGUUACAAAAUUAUCAAGAUGCAAUGGCAAUAGUUAGUAAACCAGAUCUUUUCAUUACUAUGACUUGUAAUCCAAAAUGGCGUGAAAUUGAAGAAAAUCUUUUACCUGGUCAACAAGCUUCGGAUAGACCUAAUAUUUUUAUGAAACAUAUGAUUCAUGGACCUUGUAGUGAUUGGUGUUUGGUAGAUGGACGUUGUUCAAAACAUUAUCCGAAACCUUUUCUCGUAGAAACUAAAAUGGAUGAAGAUGCUUAUCCUUAUUAUUGCCGACAAAAUAAUGGAACAAAUUUUGAACGUCCUGGUGGAUAUGUAGUUGAUAAUCGACAUGAUGUUGCUGCUAUAACUAUUGAACCAAUAACAAAAAGUGUUGUUAUUGAUCAUGAUGAGAUACAUAAUUACAUCGAAGCUCGUUAUGUUGAAGCUAGCUAG